AUGGUCCUCCUUCUUGCUACAGAUCGUAUCCUCGCUGCGUUUGAGGCCGUUCCGAUCUCGCGUCGCGAGGAGUUAGACUUGCCUGCCGCGCUGGAAGUGCAGGGCCCGAUAGCCCAUGAGCAGCUGAUCCGGCUCGCCAAAUACCUACAAAACCAUGCAGAAUACAAAGAGAAAAACUCCCAUACGCCGACAAUAUUGAGCUCUCUCCUUCGCGGAACAAAAGUUUAUGUCCCUCCGCCGCCCAAGAAGCCAGAACCGAGCCCGGAAUACCUCGCUUCAAAAGCCCGCCUCCUCGCUGCAGCAGAGCAAGAAUCCUACAAUCGCCUCUUAAACCCUGCCUAUACAUCAGCCCCCGAGCACGCCGACCCAUACUCAUCGCCCUACACAAGCCAUGGCUCAAUGGAAGAAGACACGCUGACGAUAUCGCUGGUGUCAAGUAUCUUCAUCUCGGUGCUGGUAACCGGGUUUGCCGUAUACGGUGCGCUGACCAAGUUCUCGGCGCCGGAUGUCGUGGCGCGGUGGUUUGCAUCAGGCGGGGAAGUGACGGGUUCCCAAAGGCAGGGAGCUGGUGAGGCAGUGCGCGUACUUUUUGCGCUCUUCUCUGCAAUAAGUGUUGCUGUUGCUGAGUCGUUCUUGUACUUCACGUACCUUGGGAAAGUGGAGAGGGCUAAAGCCAAGGAGAGAGCAAAGAGAGAAAAGAAGGUCUUUAUUGGCAGGGUUGGGGAUGAAGAUGUUAAUACAAAGGUGGGUAGCGAGGUUCAAGUUGGUGGUGAGAAGGAGGAAAUAUGGGGGAAGGGUGUCAAUGGGGGUGUUAGGAGGAGAGUGAGGGAGAAAUGGGAGAAAGAGAGGGAUGGGCUGACUGAAGAGUCGUGA